AUGCUCCAAUUCACGACUCCGCAGUCAGGAGAUCCCAAGAAGAACAAGUCUGCCAUUGCAUUCCAGGUACGACAGCAUGCUGCCAAAGUCGCUGCUGUUCGCCAGAGGAAGAACCGCGGGUCGCGCAAAGCUGCAGGUUUCAAUGACGGUGCCGCCUCUCCGCUCGAGGCGUGCUUCCUCCUCAGCUUGGACAGCGAUACGGAGAAGUCCCGUCAGACCUCUGCCAACGUCAUCAAGGAGGCGAGUGAACGUGCCGAUUGUAGCGGCCAUGCACGAACAUCGCGUCCCCGAUGGACUUCGGUAUACAGAGUGGACAUGCCGAAGCAAGCAACCUCGAAGCCAACACCAAAGACAUCACCGAGCGCAACGCCAUCUCCGUCGAACGAAUCCUCGAGCUUCGAACUCGACUUGCACGCAAGCAAGGACACCGGGACCUUUUUCGAAUACACGAACGCCUUACCCUGGCAUGAGUCCCUCGAUUCGUUUUUGGACGCGGCGUUGGGCUCUGCGCAGUCGGCGACCACUUCAGACUUGUUUGCGGAAGAGGACAAUGGAACCUACCAUUCACUCCUGACAUCAGGAAGACACAUACCCGAUGUCCAGGCCAGCCUGCUUGCCUUCGAAUUAGGAAGCGGGUUCAGAGGAAUAACCGCUCUUCCACCACUCCUGAAGCAAGGCCAGCGAAGAGCUGUUAGUGCGACCGUGGCUCUCGAUCAGUACCAGAGAGAGUCCUUAGGUGCGCCUUUACUGGAGGAUAUCGUCGAAGAAGCAGAGCAUUCACACAUGGCAUUCCAGACAAUUGAGAUUGCGUCUCCUGCAGCCACGACAAGUGAGACCUUGCUGGUGGACUGCUGCCGCUUGGCUAGCCUGGUCUACUGCAAGCUUGUUCUGUUUCCUUCAUUCUCAGCGGGCGACAUUAUGUUCAGACUGGUCGGUGAUCUGCAGAUUGCCCUAGAGACUGCCGAUUUCUGGUUUUCUGGAGACGAACGCAUCACGUCGGGGUCCAACAUGCUGCUGUGGGCAACUGCACUGGGUGCUAUGGCCGCGACAACCACAACUGGAAGGAGGUGUGUUCAGGUCUUUGAUGUCCACCUUUUUGUGGUGGCGGCCUGUCUGCGAUCAACCCGGUCAGAGGGCUUGGGGAGAAGCGUUUGA